UAUAUGAAGUACAAUCUACAUUAUUAUUCGUAAAGUUGUCAAUAUGAAGUUGUUAUUUGGAAUCUUUGUCUUGGUUCUAGCCGUUGUAGCCUCAUAUGCGGAGGUAAACUCCGUUGAGGAACUCACUGCGUUUAAUUACCAUACGAGGAUUGGUAUACCAGAAGCCACUAGAAGAAAGCAGCUCGAAGAGGAAGCAGCCAAAACCGGUCAGGAUGUUCAGAGAAUUGUUGGAGGACAAAUUACUGCUAUUUCUGCAGUCCCAUAUCAGGUUGGCAUCCUCAUCCACGUCACAGCCUCACUGACGUCUAUGUGUGGUGGCUCUCUAAUUUCUCCCACUCGCAUCAUCAGUGCUGCUCACUGCCAAAACGAUGGCAACUUUAAUGCAAUAGCCUUUACUGCAAUCCUUGGUUCCGCCAACUUCUUCUCAGGCGGAGUUCGCAUUUGGACCAAUGACAUUGUGAACCAUCCACAAUGGAACCCAGCUACUUUAGACAACGAUAUUACAGUUGUUCGCAUAUCUCCAGUUACAUAUACAAAUGUCAUUCAACCUAUUGCUUUACCGAUUGGCGCUGAAGUAAACAACUUAUUCACCGGUCAAAUUGCUCUAGCAUCUGGUUUUGGUCGUAUUGCAGAUGGUAAUGUUGCACAGAAUCAACUCCUCCACUCUGUGAGUCUUCCCAUUAUCUCAAAUUUCCAAUGUUCUCUCACCUUCGGAGGCUUCAUAAGAAACACAAAUAUUUGCACAAGCGGAGCUGGUGGUAUGGGCACAUGCCAAGCCGUUGUAGCCUCAUAUGCGGAGGUAAACUCCGUUGAGGAACUCACUGCGUUUAACUACCAUACGAGGAUUGGUAUACCAGAAGCCACUAGAAGAAAGCAGCUCGAAGAGGAAGCAGCCAAAACCGGUCAGGAUAUUCAGAGAAUUGUUGGAGGACAAAUUACUGCUAUUUCUGCAGUCCCAUAUCAGGUUGGCAUCCUCAUCCACGUCACAGCCUCACUGACGUCUAUGUGUGGUGGCUCUCUAAUUUCUCCCACUCGCAUCAUUAGUGCUGCUCACUGCCAAAACGAUGGCAACUUCAAUGCAAUAGCCUUUACUGCAAUCCUUGGUUCCGCCAACUUCUUCUCAGGUGGUGUUCGCAUUUGGACCAAUGAUAUUGUGAACCAUCCACAAUGGAACCCAGCUACUAUAGACAACGAUAUUACCGUUGUUCGCAUACCUCAAGUUACAUAUACAAAUGUCAUUCAACCUAUUGCUUUACCGAUUGGCGCUGAAGUAAACAACCUAUUCACCGGUCAAAUUGCUCUAGCAUCUGGUUUUGGUCGUAUUGCAGAUGGUAAUGUUGCACAGAAUCAACUCCUCCACUCUGUGAGUCUUCCCAUUAUCUCAAAUUUCCAAUGUUCUCUCACCUUCGGAGGCUUCAUAAGAAGCACAAAUAUUUGCACAAGCGGAGCUGGUGGUAUGGGCACAUGCCAAGCCGUUGUAGCCUCAUAUGCGGAGGUAAACUCCGUUGAGGAACUCACUGCGUUUAAUUACCAUACGAGGAUUGGUAUACCAGAAGCCACUAGAAGAAAGCAGCUCGAAGAGGAAGCAGCCAAAACCGGUCAGAAUGUUCAGAGAAUUGUUGGAGGACAAAUUACUGCUAUUUCUGCAGUCCCAUAUCAAGUUGGCAUCCUCAUCCACGUCACAGCCUCACUGACAUCUAUGUGUGGUGGCUCUCUAAUUUCUCCCACUCGCAUCAUUAGUGCUGCUCACUGCCAAAACGAUGGCAGCUUCAAUGCAAUAGCCUUUACUGCAAUCCUUGGUUCCGCCAACUUCUUCUCAGGCGGUGUUCGCAUUUGGACCAAUGACAUUGUGAACCAUCCACAAUGGAACCCAGCUACUUUAGACAACGAUAUUACCGUUGUUCGCAUACCUCAAGUUACAUAUACAAAUGUCAUUCAACCUAUUGCUUUACCGAGUGGCGCUGAAGUAAACAACCUAUUCACCGGUCAAAUUGCUCUAGCAUCUGGUUUUGGUCGUAUUGCAGAUGGUAAUGUUGCACAGAAUCAACUCCUCCGCUCUGUGAGUCUUCCCAUUAUCUCAAAUUUCCAAUGUUCUCUCACCUUCGGAGGCUUCAUAAGAAACACAAAUAUUUGCACAAGCGGAGCUGGUGGUAUGGGCACAUGCCAAGGUGAUUCUGGUGGACCUCUCGUCGUAACUAGCGGAAACAGACAGAUUUUGGUUGGUGUCACAUCUUUUGGUGCAGCUGCUGGUUGCACUGUUGGUCUCCCAGCUGCCUAUGCGCGAGUUACGUCAUUUUUGUCAUGGAUACACUCUGUCUAAAUAAGAACAAGUUUUUAUGAAAUAAAGAUUUUCAUUAAUCUUUCAUCGUAUUU